CGAAAAUCCCCUCCUUUUUCACCCUUUAUGCAGUCUCUUCUUCGUUCAUCCGUGACCCUGAUUCUAACCGUCCACCCAAAAGUUUCCUUCUCAUCAAAUUUGCAGUGCUUUUAUCCCCGUCAAUGUCGGCAAUGUUCAAACCAUAGAGCGCGGCUUCUCCAAUCCGCCAAACAAAAACAGUCAACGAUAUCAAUUUCGAUAUUUCCUCCCCGAUCUCAUCGACGGUGCUACAAGAACUUCUUUUCGACGGCUGGAGUUUCUCAAAGGCCAGGGAUGAAGAUUCGAGCAGGGUUUUCUGGCGAGAGGAGGAAGAUUUUCCACUGC